GAAUGUGGUCAAAGAUUUAGACAAAAGAGCCACCUGAAUGGACACAUGAUAAUUCAUACAGGACAAAAACCAUUUGGGUGUUCUGAAUGUGGUCAAAGAUUUAGACGAAAGAGUCACCUGAAUGGACACAUGAUAAUUCAUACAGGACAAAAACCAUUCGGCUGUUCUGAAUGUGGUCAAAGAUUUGGACUACAGAGCAACUUGAACAAACACAUGAUUAUUCAUACCGGACAAAAACCAUUUGGCUGUUCUGAAUGUGGUCAAAGAUUUGGGCAAAAGGCUACGCUGAACGCACAUAUGAUAAUUCAUACAGGACAAAAACAAUUUGGCUGUUGUGAAUGUGGUCAGAGAUUUGGACAAAAGGCUACACUGAACACACAUAAGUUAAUUCAUACAGGACAAAAACCAUUUGUCUGUUCUGAUUGUGGUAAAACAUUUAGACAAACGAGCAGUCUGAAAACACACAUGAGAAUUCAUACAGGGCAAAAAGCAUAUGUUUGUUCCGAGUGUGGUAAAACAUUUAGACAAAUGAGCAGUCUGAAAACACACAUGACAAUUCAUACAGGGCAAACAGCAUUUGUCUGUUCUGAGUGUGGUAAAACAUUCAGACAAACGAGCAGUCUGAAAACACACAUGAUAAUUCAUACAGUGCAAAAAGCAUUUGUCUGUUCUGAGUGUGGUAAAACAUUUAGACAAAAGUGCAGUCUGAAAAGACACACGAUAAUUCAUACAGGGCAAAAAGCAUUUGCCUGUUCUGAGUGUAGUAAAAGAUUUGGGAACACGGCCCACCUGAAGACACACAUGAUAAUUCAUACAGGGCAAAAAACAUUUGUCUGUUCUGAAUGCGGUCAAAGAUUUGGACGAAGGAGCACUCUGAACGCACAUAUGACAAUUCAUACGGGGCAAAAAGCAUUUGUCUGUUCUGAGUGUGGUAAAAGAUUUGCACAAAAGGGCCACCUGAACGCACACAUGAUAACUCAUACAGGGCAAAAAGCAUUUGUCUGUUCUGAAUGUGGUCAAAGAUUUGGACUAAAGAGCACUUUGAACAGACACAUGAUAAUUCAUACAGGG